AUGAUAAAAUGGAGAGUGCAGAAGGUGUUCCUUAUGGUGCAGGCAUUGCUGAUUGAGUCGAGUAUUGAUAUCUUCUGAAAGCCACCGAAAAAGAAACUCUCUAAAAAGGAAAAAGCGCGGCUGGAGGCCGAACAGGCCGAGCUGCUACGCAUCGAAAUGGAAAAAGAGAGACAACGAAAACUCGAGGAAGAGCGUCAACGUCGCCAAAUUGAAUACGAGCAAGCCAAACGCCGUCAGAAGGAAGAAAUUCUAGAAAAUAAAGAACGACGCGCACAGCUACGCAACAGUAUGGCUUUCUUCACAGAGGUGCGCGAAGUAACGUCUGGUAUAAAGGCGCUGGAGCAGGAAGAACGAGAAUGGGAAAGAUUUAUGCGUUGCAAUGGUUUACCCAAUGCUAACAGUCCAAGUGACUUACGCCGCUACAUACAUCAAUGGCGCAGCGAUAUGGAGCGGCGCGAGCGUGCAUCACGCAAUUGGUUGUUAAAUACGAACGAACGGACACUACUCACGCAAGAUCUCGAUGCGCCGGACUUAUCGCGUAAAAGUUUGCGCCUACAGCAGGGCAAUGCGGGUGAUGUGUAUGCGCAGCGAAUACGUGAAGUGUUGGGGAUACUCACAGAGUUGGACGAGGCGAUCGCUGAUAAGAAGAAGCCACCGCAUAUCGUUAGCGAUCUCAUCUGUCUGAAAAUGGAGAUUCGCGUGCUCUUGAGCGAACACCUGGAUGAGUUUACCUAUAAAACGAUGUCGCAUAUUGAUCGUGAUAUGGAAAUCGAUAGGCCGGGGGUUUUCAAGCACAUCUAUGAAUCUGAUGUCUUCAAGAGCCAUUUUUGGACUUACUCGAAAGAUGCACAAAUCUCCGUCAAUCCCAAGGCACGUAUUGGGGAGCAGGCCACUUGCAACGAUAUCGAAUUCCCAGCACUGAAACUCCAAAUCGCACUGCCACUCUCAGUGGAACUACAAAGCUCCGCUAUGCGUGGCCUCUGGCUAGACUACGAUCAUUUUAGUGAUUAUUGCACAAGCAUCAACACAAAGAGAGUUUUGCCGGAACACAUUAAUAUCCUCCGCUAUACCAAAAAAGAGUGGCAUAAACGCAAAGACAUCUUGCAGAAUAUGCUGGAGGACUGCACCAAGGAUAGUCCUUUGUCGAGUGGUGUGGCUGAUCAGAAUAGUUCUGUAGCAGCCAAACGCGAGCGCAGCUUCGAUGUGGAUAAAAUAUAUGCAGAGCACGAAGAAGAGCUUAAUAAGGCACGCCGUCGUGCAAUCGGACCAGAUGCAUACGGUUUAGCUGACACCGAUGUUAAUUUACGCAAAUAUCGUAUUAUCGGUGGCGUUUAUUGCAUUGACUAUUUAGAGACGCCACAACAGGAUAAGCGUCUCAACGAGCGUUCAUUUAUAAGAACUAUCAUCUCACCCGAUCACUUGGGUCACAAAAUAUUUUACCAAAACUACAAACCACCGCCACCACCACAACCCGGUGUACGACGUUUGCCUGAGGAAAUUGAAGCGGAGAUGCGCAUGGUUGAGGCGGCACUUGAAAAAUUAGCAUUGGUCAGCUUGGACCUACCAGACUCGGUGAUUUGGUUCGAACCACCCAUUGUUUGCCGCUGGGAGACACACUUCGAAACAUUGGAAUCAAACUUGACAGAUGGUGCGAAACCACCACUUGGCAAUGCUGCUAAUGCGAUUGCCACUUCCACCGAAGCUACACCACUUUCAACCACCACCAAUACCAGUCCACUUAAGGGCUCGCCUCGUUUCCCUGCAAAGCUACGCAAACGUAGCUCACAAAAGUCUACAAUGGAAUCAGAAUUGGCAGUCGGUGCAGCGCAAGUGGCUGGUGCUGUGCGUGAGGUUACGGACUUUGAUCUAUUCAACAUACCGCGUGGCAUCGACAUCCAUGGUUUAUUGCAAGAUUUUGUUGUGCCACGUUUGCCACCUGGCUUUUGUCUGCGCUGGGAAAAGUCAACACCAGUCUUGAGUAGCAAAGUGAUGAUGCGUCGACAACGCAAACAGAAGAAGAAACGACAACGCGAAGGCGGUGGUCAACGACUUAUUUUGUUGGCACGCCACAAAAGUGUCAACAAGGCAGACGAAAGUGACAUCUGGUCGGAUACAAUGGCAGAAGGUCGACACGAUGAGAGCGCAUUUCAAAUGCGUCAAGAAUAUAUCACGAACGACUAUUUAGAUUGGGACGAGCCACGUGAACUAUUCCCACCAGCCGAACCAAAAAAGCUGAUAAAGUUUAAGGAAUAUGCAACAGAUAAGUAUGGGGGCAAUUCAAAGGGAAAAGACGUCGGACAAAAGUUGGUAAUAAGUGAUGGCAAUCAGGAUAAUCACAAAAAGAAUGGAAAUGGAAGGAGUGGCGUUGAAACGAAGCGUGUGAGCAUAAAUGGAAUCGCUGCACGAAAUGGUACAGCAAAUCUUAAUGGCAACGGAUGUGGCAAAAAUAAUGGUAAUAGUCAAGGUAAUGGUAAUGGGCAUAGCUCAGUGGCGCAAAAAAGUGGUAAUGAGCAGGCGAGAGGCAGUGACGGGGCAGUAAGUGUAAGCAGCACUAGUCGAAGUACUAAGGAAACAGCUGAGGCGGAGCAAUCAAAAGCGAAAGCAGUGUCGGAAAAGAAGACAUAUAUGUUCUCCAAAUUAAUUGAAGAUUUGGAUCGCCUUUGCGAAUUGCAGCUGCCAUUACAAGCCGAUGCGCUCAAAAGAAUUUCGGCUAAUCUUACCUCACCAGCCGCAAGCGGCUCAGCAGACUCCAAUCAACCCAAAGCAACUAACGCCAAUGGCGCAGCAGCUGGCAAUGGUGAAGAGUUUGGCAGGCAAGCGGAAGGAGCAAUGCAACCCGCUUUCACCUACUAUCCGGGCUUUUCGUUUCUACGUGAUUUGGAUGCGAAAAAUGAUGCAGAUAAUAAAGGCGACACUGCCGGCGACCAGGAAGUAGAGGAUGAAGACGAAGAAAGCAGCAGUGAUGAAUACGACGAGGACGCAGACGACGCGUUUGAUGGCGAUGGUUGGAAUGAUGAAGCACUUUUAGAGGACUACCAAGCGAGUGCGCACAAGGCAAUAGGAGGUGCUGUAGGUGGCGCUGGCGGUGGCGUACAAUCAACUAUUGUUGCGGCGUCAGGCGGUCUCCAGCAGCUGCUCAACAAACACAAUCAGAGUGAGAGUGACAGCAGUGAUGGUAAAAAAUACAAAGAAUCGAAUAUGAUCGCACGGACCCAAGGUAAAUGGAGUACACGCGAUGUCCAUGACGCCAAAUUUAAUGAGGAAAAACUAUCACUACAAUUUCGUACAGGACGUUUAGGCAUAUUCGGAUUGGCGCUAAAUCGUUACAGCAAUAUGCCGUAUCAGACGUGGGAAAUAAAACCGGAUUUCAAAAGCCCUGGCACGAUUUUCUUCACAUUUACUGCUUCCAUUAUUAGUCUGGAUAUGAACAUCACUUCGACGGGUUAUUGCGUAAAUAACUUUCAAGGAGGCAGCACUACGGCCAUUAACGAGAUGCUCGGUAAGACUUUAUCUUUAGCCGAAUUGAAGACGACGCUCAUUGCAGCUGCCGUUGACAUUUUUCCCGAACCGGACACAUUUUGCUAUACCGAAGGCACUUGUGAGAAGAAUUUCGUCAUGGAAAUGCAUUUGUAUGCGUGUAUAUCUACUUUGGUGCAGUCUCAUAACUUCAGUUGGUCGCGUUGGAAUCUGUUGGCGGGCAGCCGAACGAUUGUGCUGCUCAUGCGCGAGCUGAUUGAAGGCAAGAAAGUGCCUUAUCACUCCACAUUGUUGGUGACCCCUUUGAAGACUGCGAUAAUCGACUGUACGGAGGUUUCACCAAGUUUCAACUCAACUGGCAUCGCUGGCAUGGAGUAUUAUGCCGAUCUCUAUCAACUGUCACAGGUGUAUGCCCUUCCGAAUAGUCUCGAAAAACAGCGAGAUAUGGAUCCGAUGUUGCGCGAAAAUGUAGCACGUAUUUUGAUGGCUAUAAGACCUCUAAGUUUUUGUUAA